GAGAUGGGACGGACAUCAAAGGACAAGCGUGAUGUCUACUACCGCCUGGCCAAGGAAAAUGGCUGGCGUGCCCGCAGCGCCUUCAAACUGCUACAGCUUGAUGAACAAUUCCAGCUUUUUCAAGGUGUGACACGGGCAGUUGACCUGUGUGCAGCCCCAGGCAGCUGGAGUCAGGUGCUGAGCCAGAAGAUUGGAGGCCAGGGUUGUGGCCAUGUGGUGGUGGCUGUGGACCUGCAGGCUAUGGCUCCAAUACCAGGGGUGGUACAGAUCCAGGGAGAUAUCACCCAGCUAUCCACUGCCAAGGAGAUCAUCCAGCAUUUUGAGGGCUGCCCUGCGGACCUAGUAGUGUGCGACGGGGCUCCUGAUGUAACUGGCCUCCAUGAUGUUGAUGAGUAUAUGCAGGCCCAGCUCCUUCUAGCUGCUCUGAACAUUGCUACACAUGUCUUGAAGCCAGGGGGCUGCUUUGUGGCCAAGAUAUUCCGAGGCCGGGAUGUGACGCUUCUCUACAGCCAGUUGCGUGUCUUCUUCUCCAGUGUGCUCUGUGCCAAGCCCAGGAGCAGCCGGAACUCCAGCAUUGAGGCCUUUGCUGUCUGUCAGAGUUAUGACCCUCCUGCAGGCUUCACUCCAGACUUAACCAGACCCUUGCUGGACCACUCUUAUGACCCAGAUUUCAACCAGCUGGAUGGUCCCAGCCGCAUCAUUGUGCCUUUUGUGACCUGUGGGGACCUGAGCUCCUAUGAUUCAGAUCGCAGCUACCCAUUGGAUCUAGAGGAUGGCUCAGAGUACAAGUACACUCCACCCACACAGCCUCCCAUCUCACCAUCAUACCAGGAGGCUUGCAGGUUGAAGAAGAAGGGGUGGCUGGCCAAGGAAAUCCACCCCCAGCACCACCCCAUCAGCAGAGUAGACACAUUGCCCCAGCCCCUGGCCACCCCUGAGUCCCACACCCUGCUGGCCCCUGAGAUGGAAGACAACUGA